AUAGGAUAAGCCAAUUGUGUCAGUUAAACAAUAUGAUGUAUUCAAUGGCCUGGAUAAUCGUCGGCAUCAUAUCAAGCUUGGAGUUUGUGCAUUGCUCCACAGAUUCUUCCGGGCCGCUGUUCUUGACGCCUCUAAUAGCACGGAAGAAGUGUGACUACGCCAGGAGCAUCAGCAAAGUGAAGCUGUUCGAAGACGAGGUGAACGCCACUGCACACUCGGGUUUCAUCACUGUGAACGAGACGAUGGGAAGCCAUCUUUUCUUCCUCUAUGUAAGAGCCCAGGAACACACCUCCACGACUCCGCUCAUGCUUUGGACACAGGGAGGUCCAGGCCUGUCUUCCAUGUUCGGCCAGUUUCUCGAAAUCGGACCACUGGCCAUAGAUGAUAACGGAAGAUUGCGCAAGCGGCUCCGGACAAUACAAAACAGCGUGAGCGUCAUCUUCCUCGACGUUCCCGUCGGUGCAGGCUACAGCUUCACGAAAAACGCCAAGGGUUAUGCGCAAAGCCUGGAGGACAUUGCAGUGGCAGUAGCCGAGUUUCUCAGACAGUUUUUGCUGCUCUUCCCGGAAUACAAGGAGCGGGACUUCUAUGUCGCCGGUGAAUCGUACGGAGGAAGAUACGCCGUCGGCAUCGCGCACCAUCUCCUGACGAACAAUGCCGAACAAGUAGCCCUCAAUCUUAAAGGAACGAUUGCCGGGGUCGGAUUCCUUGGACCAAUCUUCCAGAUAGCCGACUCCAGCGAGUUCCUGUACGACGCUUCGAUGCUCACCAAGACAGGUCGCGAGACCUUCGCUAAACAGUUCGAGGCCAUGAGGAGUCUCUUGGCCUUAGGUCAAGUGAGAGUGGCUCUCUACCUCUUGCUUCGAACAAUCUUCACCGACGACACGAACCCGACCCUGUUUCAAAACCUCACGCUGUUCAACAACCAAGCGAGCGCUCUUUAUUCCGAGAAGCCUGCAAACAUGAUAGAGUACUCGCGCUACGUAAACACGACGGGUUUCCGGGAAGUGAUACACGUUGGACCCGACGUUGAGUUCGAGCCCCACAGCGAUAUCCUCACGGCCAGCUUGGCACUGGACACAGUGGCGGAUAUCAGGGACCAGAUAGAGCUGCUGCUCAACACGAGCAAAGUUCUGUUCUACACGGGUCAAGUUGACACACUGUUUCCGUCGCCCAACUUGCGAGCCUAUUUCCGCACGCUGCGCUGGACGGGUGCAUCAGAGUACCGAAAAGCUUCCCGCAGUACGUGGACGAUGAACUACGACUCCAACAGCAUCAGUGGCUACGUAGUUCAAGUGCGUAGUUUAACCGAUGUAACCAUACUCGGAGCUGGACACUACGCCGCAGUAGACAAGCCGGACGAAGUCUACGACCUCAUGUCAAAUUUCAUUUAUUCCGGGAACCCGCUACGCACAAAGCUUACGCAAGAAACCGAGAGACAUUUACUGCGGUAGAAACGCGUAGAAGUAGCAACCGUGUCAAACUAUACUCCUAUUUAACAACGCUUAUUGUCGGAUGAUUCUAUAACGUCAUCUUAGUCGCAUAACAUUGGAACACACUUGCAUACUCUUACUCUUUUCCGUGCGCUCUGAACAAAACACGUUGCUUGAGACACCGACGCUUCUCACACACAUUACCAAGCAUCGAUGAGGAUGCCAUCAGAAGAAACUGUAUGCAUACGUUGCGUUCCCUCUGCUCCAUAAAAAUGUUAAUUUAUUGAAACUAUUUUGUAGUGUUCGUUUUGCUUUCUUGAAUUAGUCUCGCUUAUCAACACACUCAACUUUGGCAUCAAACUACACACUUUAAUGCAUCCGCUCAAUUCGAUGAAACACGCCAUAAUAUUUAUUUCGUGCGUUAAAGAUUUUCAGUAUUCUUUCAUAAUAAAAUUCGAAAUGCUGCGAAGAUGUAUAAAGCUUUGCUCUUAUGUAGAGAAUUCCAUCCAGACAUGUGGGGAGGAGGAAGAAAAGUAGAGAGGGUAAAUAUAAUUAUGGCAGUUGACUUGGAGGCGAUUAUACGGCAUAUGUGUCUAGCGUACAGUGCGUGUAGUCUCUUAGCCAGACGUGUCCAGACAAUGCGAAAUAAAAAAAAAUGGAGGCAACCCUAAUCCUCGACUUAGGUGUCCGGAUAUGGCACUCGCACGCCGGUGUCCCGUAUGCCCUGGUGUAUUCCUUGGGUUAACUUUUACAGCGAAAGCUGUUAUGAGAUCACAACAAGGGCCGUUUUUGGCGCCGUAGUUGUCCGCCGCCACCGCUGCCGCCGCCGGUG